GCUGCGUCCGUGCCGGCGGGCGGGAGUGAGAUAGGAGGCAGCAGUAUGUCCGACUCCCCGCACACCAGCCCCAGCGUCUCCCCGACACCCAACGGUCAAGAUAUGGAGGUCAACGACCCCGGCCCCUUCGCAGACAUCAGCCUCCUGGAGUCCAAGCCCGCCCACAUGGCCAUCUUGUUGAAUUACCUCAUCUCCAACAGUGACCCCUCCCCUGUGCUAUUCCACAUUAUCUCGGACGCCUUCAGUCGGAACAGCGGCAGCGCUAAGGAACUCCGGAAGUGGGCUUAUGAGAUAUAUUCCACUUUCAUCGCUCAGACCGCUCCUCUCAGCGUGGGCGUGGAAGACAAUGUGAUCAGCCAAAUUGACAGCAUUCUAAUGACCAGUGCCAACCGCACCGACAGCGAGAGCAUCCUGCGCACCAUGUUCCAGUCGGCGCGGCAGUCCACGCAGAACGAGAUCAGCGAACAGCUGGCAGACUUCCGCAACAAGAACGAACUAGACUGGAGGACAACAACCGCACGGUGUCGGACCGCGACCAGGCCACGGGCUGGGCCCUUGCAUCAUUCCUGCGACCCUGGGUGGGCUCCAAGUCCUCCCACUCGGCCACGCUCGAUCGCGUGCAGACGUUUAUGAUGAAAGACAAGCGAAGCAUCAAGUUCCCCGGCUCACGCUCUAGUAGGGCAAAGGCAAUCAAGGGCCACCAGUUCACCCUCCAACAUUUCUACGUAUCGACGUUUUGCAACUUCUGCGGCCAUCUCAUCUGGGGCGUGGGCUACCAGGGAUACCAGUGCCAGA